AUGCACAGUGUGAAUGGGGAGUCGAUUGUCUACAAAUAUACAGGGCGAACCAACGACAACGCCUUUGUCCCUCCAGCUCCUUCCUUCAGCGACUCCCUGACGGUCGACACAGCUUCCACUCUUCCCGAAUUCGCCUCAGGAUCCGCAGGUCUCACAAGCUAUUUCACCAACCAGAACACCAAAUCGAGGCUUCAGAUGGCCGCUUUCAAAGGAGGACCUGCUCUGCCUAAACGUUUCGAAAAGAUGACUCCUUCCUCUGCUACCAUUGCCGCAGACACGUCGGGCGGACCUUCUUGCAACAAACGCAAGCAGCGCACCACGGCUCUACUCUCGAACCGUUGCAAUGCCGACGACAAGGAGGAGGUCGCUCGCCAGAUCUCUCAGAUGCACGGCGCCAACAAGCAGGCAGACGAUGGCGACACGUCCACGAUCGCCGGCACCAGCGAGGACGACGAAAGCAUCGUCAAGCACCAGCACUCGAAGAUGUACGACCAUGACGACAGCGUCGCUAUUCCGACCUCUGGCGUCCGGUCGACCGCCGUCGACAAUGUCACGGAUGACGACGACAUCGAACUCAGUAAGGUCAAGACUCGCCGCCCCCGCAAGGCUAUGAAGUCCGACCCUGCUCGCGAGGCGGAGGAUUUCAAACUGUUCAAAGCUGAGUCGUCAACACCGAAGAGUCCUGGUUCCCGCACCAACGCCGCUGCUGGAUCGAGCAAGGAUGUCAUCAAGACUCCGCCCAAGAAGCAGGCUACUUCGGCUUACGCCACUCCCAACAGGUCGGGCGAACCAGCUAGCGCUUGGACGCCCGCUCACUGGGACGAUCUCAACUUUGCCAUUCUCAAGGUCGUUCACGACCACGUGAGUGCACCCUUUUUCAUGAUUCUCUGGUCCUGCUCUCGUCGCCUCCCGUUGCUGACCGCCGCUGACCGUCGCUCGAUGCUGCUUCUCCUCGUCCGAGAUGCGCAGGCAACUGAGCUCUACGACGCUAGCCCCAACCUGAGCCCGUGGAGGGUCAAAGGCCGUCUGCACGUAAAGGUAAAUGCGCCCCCUCCAGUUCCCGAUGCUACGCUGGCCGACUCAGUCACUGACCCGUCUUCCUCUCGCAACGGAUAUUCGCUCCAGCUUCGUCAACUCUUGAAGAACGCCCAAGGUGGUGAGGCUGCCAGCAAGCGUUGGGACAUCGAGCUCAAGCCUACGCGGGCUAAAGGCUCGCCCAAGAAGCAGCAGUAG